AAGAGAAGAUCAAAUCGUCAAGUUAAAAGGAAAAAAUAUGCUGAAGAAGGAGAAGGAAAACAAUCCGAAGAAGAAGCUAAAGUUUCUGUGAAAAUCAAAAAGAAUUCUGCCCUGAACAACCUUUACAAUUAUUUGUGUUCUUAUCUCCACUGUGAGUGGGCCACAGAACAACAGCUUUUAAAGGAUAAAAGAAUCCAGCAGAAAAUAAAACGAUUCAAACUAAGGCAAGCACAAAGAGCUCACUUUUUUGCAGAUAUGGAAGAAGAACCUUUUAAUCCUGACUAUGUUGAAGUAGACCGGGUAUUAGAAGUAUCUCUUUGUGAAGAUAAGGACACUGGUGAGCCUGUUAUUUACUAUUUAGUAAAAUGGUGUUCAUUGCCAUAUGAAGACAGUACGUGGGAGCUGAAAGAAGAUGUAGAUCAAGCAAAAAUAGAAGAAUUUGAACAAUUGCAAGCUUCCAGGCCUGACUCAAGGAGAUUGGACCGACCACCUCCAAACUCCUGGAAGAAGAUAGACCAGUCCAGGGAAUAUAAAAAUGGCAAUCAGCUCAGGGAAUAUCAACUGGAAGGACUUAACUGGCUCCUAUUCAACUGGUACAAUAGGCGAAAUUGCAUUUUAGCAGAUGAAAUGGGUCUUGGCAAAACCAUUCAGUCAAUUACAUUCCUCUAUGAAAUCCUCCUGGCUGGUAUAAGAGGGCCUUUUCUGAUCAUAGCUCCGCUUUCCACUAUAACAAACUGGGAGAGAGAAUUUCGCACGUGGACUGACCUGAAUGUUGUAGUGUAUCAUGGAAGUAUGAUCAGCAGGCAGAUGAUUCAGCAGUAUGAAAUGUACUUCAGGGACUCCCAGGGACGUAUCGUUCGAGGUACCUACAGAUUCCAAGCCAUUAUCACAACUUUUGAAAUGAUUCUUGGUGGGUGUCCAGAGUUAAAUGCAAUUGAAUGGCGGUGUGUUAUUAUUGAUGAAGCUCACAGACUGAAGAACAAAAAUUGCAAACUCUUGGAAGGACUAAAAUUAAUGAACCUUGUUCAGAAACUACAAGCUAUCCUGAAACCCAUGAUGCUCAGACGAUUAAAGGAAGAUGUAGAAAAAAAGCUGGCUCCUAAGGAGGAAACUAUCAUUGAAGUAGAACUAACUAAUAUUCAGAAGAAAUAUUAUCGAGCGAUUUUGGAGAAAAAUUUUGCUUUCUUAUCCAAAGGAGCUGGGCAAGCAAAUGUACCCAAUCUGGUUAACACUAUGAUGGAACUGAGAAAGUGUUGUAAUCACCCUUAUCUCAUCAAAGAUGCACCUGUAGAUACAGAACAGAUCAAAGAAAUACAUUCUUUGAUAGGUGCUGAAGAGAAGAUACUUGGGGAGUUUAAAGAAACAUAUAGUCCAAGCGCUCCUGACUUCCAUCUGCAAGCAAUGAUCCAGUCUGCUGGUAAACUGGUUCUUAUUGAUAAACUUCUUCCAAAAAUGAAAGCAGGAGGCCACAAGGUCCUUAUCUUCUCUCAAAUGGUGCGCUGCCUUGAUAUUUUGGAGGAUUACCUUAUACAUAAAAGAUACUUAUAUGAACGAAUUGAUGGGCGAGUACGAGGGAAUCUCAGACAAGCUGCAAUUGACCGGUUCAGCAAACCAGAUUCCGAUCGCUUUGUCUUUCUUCUGUGCACCAGAGCUGGUGGUUUGGGCAUUAAUUUGACUGCAGCAGAUACGUGUAUAAUUUUUGAUUCUGACUGGAAUCCUCAAAAUGAUCUGCAGGCCCAAGCCCGUUGUCACAGGAUUGGUCAGAACAAAGCAGUGAAGGUCUACAGACUGAUAACACGUAACUCCUAUGAAAGAGAGAUGUUUGACAGAGCAAGUCUGAAACUGGGACUGGAUAAGGCUGUCUUACAGAGUAUGAGUGGAAGAGAAAACAGUGUCGGUGGUAUCCAACAACUCUCCAAAAAAGAAAUAGAAGACUUGCUUCGAAGAGGUGCAUACGGUGCCAUUAUGGAUGAAGAAGAUGAAGGCUCUAAAUUCUGCGAGGAAGACAUUGACCAAAUUUUGCAGCGUCGUACUAAAACUAUCACAAUUGAAUCAGAAGGAAGGGGCUCCACGUUUGCUAAG